GGUAGAAACUCUUGGUGAGUUGCAAGCAGUGUUACUUGUGGAGAUGAGUAAGAGACCAUCUGCAGCAUCAACAGAAAGCGCUCUCUACCAAACAUUUGAUCUGGUGAACUUCGGAGAAGAACUCACAGGAGUUCUUUCUCACAGGAGAAAAAAGAAGAUGAGAGGAAGUCCUCUCAUCCACAAAGCAGAGCUUGUCUUAAGAAUUAAACUGGAUGCUGGAGCAAAAUAUCUUCUGAAAAGGCAAGGGUCUGAGACCAGAAAGCAGAGCAAACAGAUAGUAAAUUUUGUAAUAUCUAUCAGAACGUCUUGGAUCAUCAGCAAGCGCAAAUGGGAUUUUAUCGGUUUUGCUAAAGAAACAUUUAGCCAGAAGAUUAUAAGCUGCCACCGGCUGACGUGGCCCCAGGGUGAACCGACCUGUGCUGUCCUUAAACACGGCUUCCAUAGGGCCUUGGGUCCAGGUCAGAUCACCGAUUCCUUUCCUGCAGGUCACCACGUGCAGGAUGGGCUGGUUGGUGGAGAAUUUGAUCUCGAGAUGAACUUUAUAAUCCAGGAUGCAGAGAGCAUUACGUGCAUGUCGGAGCUGUUGGAGCACUGUGAUGUGACCUGCCAGGCAGAGAUCUGGAGCAUGUUCACCGCCAUUCUGCGGAAAAGCGUCCGGAAUCUACAGACUAGCACAGAAGUUGGCUUAAUUGAGCAGGUUCUGUUGAAGAUGAGUACUGUGGACGACAUGAUUGCAGAUCUUCUAGUUGAUAUGUUGGGGGUUCUUGCCAGCUACAGCAUCACUGUCAAAGAGUUGAAGCUUUUGUUCAGCAUGCUUCGAGGCGAAAACGGAAUCUGGCCAAGACAUGCAGUUAAACUAUUAUCAGUCCUUAAUCAGAUGCCACAGAGACAUGGGCCUGAUACCUUUUUCAACUUCCCAGGCUGUAGUGCUGCAGCAAUUGCAUUGCCUCCUAUUGCUAAGUGGCCUUAUCAAAAUGGAUUUACUCUUAACACCUGGUUUCGUAUGGAUCCAUUAAAUAAUAUCAAUGUAGAUAAAGAUAAACCCUAUCUCUAUUGUUUCCGCACUAGCAAAGGUGUUGGGUAUUCUGCUCAUUUUGUUGGCAACUGCUUAAUAGUUACGUCGUUGAAGUCAAAAGGCAAAGGUUUCCAGCACUGUGUGAAGUAUGACUUUCAGCCUCGCAAGUGGUACAUGAUAAGUAUUGUGCACAUCUAUAACCGCUGGAGAAACAGUGAAAUACGGUGUUAUGUGAACGGUCAGCUGGUAUCCUAUGGUGACAUGGCCUGGCAUGUUAACACAAAUGAUAGCUAUGAUAAAUGUUUUCUCGGCUCUUCGGAGACUGCUGAUGCUAAUCGAGUGUUUUGUGGCCAGCUGGGAGCAGUGUAUGUAUUCACUGAAGCACUCAACCCAGCACAGAUUUUUGCAAUACAUCAGUUAGGACCUGGAUAUAAGAGCACAUUCAAAUUUAAAUCUGAGAGUGACAUUCACCUGGCCGAGCACCACAAGCAAGUGCUGUACGAUGGGAAGCUUGCAAGUAGCAUUGCCUUCACGUACAACGCGAAGGCGACCGACGCUCAGCUCUGCCUUGAAUCCUCACCAAAGGAAAACCCUUCAAUUUUUGUACACUCCCCCCAUGCUCUUAUGCUUCAGGAUGUGAAAGCUAUCGUUACCCACUCCAUUCACAGCGCAAUUCAUUCCAUCGGAGGGAUUCAGGUUCUUUUUCCUCUCUUUGCCCAGUUAGACAAUCGACAGCUGCAUGACAGUCAGGUGGAAACAACAGUUUGUGCCACCCUGUUGGCUUUCUUGGUGGAGCUUCUGAAGAGUUCCGUAGCCAUGCAGGAACAAAUGCUGGGUGGGAAAGGCUUUCUGGUCAUCGGUUACCUCCUGGAAAAGUCAUCCCGAGUUCACAUAACAAGGGCAGUCCUGGAACAGUUUUUAUCGUUUGCAAAAUAUUUGGAUGGAUUAUCCCAUGGAGCACCUUUACUGAAGCAAUUAUGUGAUCACAUUCUUUUUAAUCCUGCUAUCUGGAUACAUACCCCUGCAAAGGUGCAGCUGUCUCUGUACACCUACUUGUCGGCUGAAUUCAUUGGAACUGCCACAAUCUACAACACCAUACGCAGAGUAGGAACAGUACUGCAACUAAUGCACACACUGAAAUACUACUACUGGGUGGUUAAUCCAGCUGAUAGCAGUGGCAUUACUCCUAAAGGAUUAGAUGGUCCUCGGCCCUCACAGAAGGAAAUCAUAUCACUAAGGGCAUUUAUGCUUCUGUUUUUGAAACAGCUUAUACUGAAGGAUCGAGGAGUGAAAGAAGACGAACUGCAGAGCAUAUUAAAUUACUUGUUAACAAUGCAUGAGGAUGAGAACAUUCACGAUGUGCUGCAGCUGCUGGUGGCCCUAAUGUCUGAACAUCCAGCAUCCAUGAUACCUGCCUUUGAUCAAAGAAAUGGAAUACGAGUGAUUUAUAAACUGCUGGCUUCCAAAAGUGAGAGUAUAUGGGUGCAAGCCUUGAAGGUCCUUGGAUAUUUUCUUAAACAUUUGGGUCAUAAGCGAAAGGUUGAAAUCAUGCACACACACAGUCUUUUCACUCUGCUGGGAGAAAGAUUGAUGCUACAUACAAAUACAGUGACCGUCACAACGUAUAACACACUUUAUGAGAUUUUGACAGAACAAGUAUGUACUCAAGUUGUUCAUAAGCCACAUCCAGAGCCAGAUUCUACAGUGAAAAUUCAGAAUCCAAUGAUUCUAAAGGUGGUGGCAACACUGUUAAAAAACUCCACGCCAAGUGCAGAGCUGAUGGAAGUUCGACGUUUGUUCUUAUCUGAUAUGAUAAAACUUUUCAGUAAUAGCCGUGAAAACAGAAGAUGUUUACUUCAGUGUUCAGUGUGGCAGGACUGGAUGUUUUCUCUGGGAUACAUUAACCCUAAGAACUCUGAAGAACAGAAGAUUACAGAGAUGGUUUACAACAUUUUCCGUAUUCUCCUGUAUCAUGCAAUAAAAUAUGAAUGGGGAGGAUGGAGAGUGUGGGUUGAUACUCUUUCUAUAGCUCAUUCCAAGGUAAGAAAUGUACAUGUGGAAGUUCAUGACCUUUUAGUUGAUAUAAAAGCUGAAAAGGUAGAAGCUACUGAAGUAAAACUUGAUGAUAUGGAUUUAUCACCAGAGACACUGGUAACGGGAGAAAACGGUGCACUUGUGGAAGUUGAAUCUCUUUUAGAUAAUGUAUAUAGUGCUGCUGUUGAGAAACUCCAAAAUAAUGUUCAUGGAAGUGUUGGUAUUAUUAAGAAGAAUGAGGAAAAAGAUAAUGGUCCAUUAAUAACUCUAGCUGAUGAGAAAGAUGAACCUUCUACUAACAGUACCUCAUUUCUCUUUGAUAAAAUACCCAGUCAAGAGGAGAAGCUUUUACCUGAACUUUCAAGUAAUCACAUUUCUAUUCCAAAUGUGCAAGAGACACAAAUACAUCUUGGUGUAAAUGAUGAUUUGGAAUUGCUUGCGCACAUGACAGGUAACGUAGAGAGAACGUGUCCUGCAAGUAUAAUAGAGGAAAAGGAGUUCAAGAUUCAUACAACCUCGGACGGAAUGAAUAGCAUUUCUGAGAGGGAACUGGCUUCGUCAUCUAAAGGAUUAGAAUAUGCUGAAAUGACGGCCACAACUCUUGAGACAGAGUCUUCUGGUAGCAAAACGGUACCUAGUGUUGAUGCUGGAAGUAUAAUAUCAGACACAGAGAGAUCUGAUGAUGGUAAGGAAGCGGGAAAGGAGAUAAGAAAGAUCCAGACAACCACCACAACCCAAGCGGUGCAGGGUCGCUCUGUCAGCCAACAGGACCGAGACCUGCGCGUGGACCUGGGCUUUCGAGGAAUGCCCAUGACCGAGGAGCAGCGGCGGCAGUUCAGCCCGGGGCCACGCACAACUAUGUUUCGUAUUCCUGAGUUCAAGUGGUCUCCCAUGCACCAGAGGCUCCUGACAGAUUUGCUGUUUGCACUAGAAACAGAUGUACAUGUUUGGAGAAGUCACUCCACAAAGUCUGUGAUGGACUUUGUCAAUAGCAAUGAAAAUAUUAUUUUUGUACACAACACAAUACACCUCAUUUCCCAGAUGGUAGACAAUAUUAUUAUUGCUUGUGGAGGAAUUUUACCAUUGCUGUCAGCAGCCACAUCCCCAACUGGUUCUAAGACGGAAUUGGAAAAUAUUGAAGUGACACAAGGAAUGUCAGCAGAGACAGCAGUGACUUUUCUCAGCCGUCUGAUGGCAAUGGUUGAUGUACUGGUAUUUGCCAGUUCUCUAAACUUCAGUGAGAUUGAAGCUGAAAAAAACAUGUCUUCGGGAGGUUUAAUGCGACAGUGCCUAAGGCUUGUGUGCUGUGUGGCUGUGAGAAACUGCUUGGAGUGUCGGCAAAGGCAGAGAGAGAGAGUGAACAAGACUUCGCUCGUCAGCAGUAAAACUCAAGAGACUCUUCAGGGUGUCACUGCAUCAGCAACAACCAAGAACCCCCUUGAAAAUGUCCCUGGCAAUCUUUCUCCUAUAAAGGAUCCUGAUAGACUCCUUCAGGAUGUCGAUAUCAAUCGUCUACGAGCAGUUGUUUUUCGUGAUGUGGAUGACAGCAAGCAGGCUCAGUUCUUAGCUUUGGCAGUCGUCUACUUCAUUUCUGUCCUCAUGGUCUCCAAAUACCGCGAUAUACUCGAGCCUCAACGGGAGACUGCAAGGUCUGGAAGCCAGGCAGGUAGAAAUAUCAGACAAGAAAUAAAUUCACCAACAAGUACAGUUGUGGUCAUACCAUCUAUCCCUCACCCAAGUUUGAACCAUGGAUUCCUUGCCAAGUUAAUUCCUGAGCAGAGCUUUGCCCACUCAUUUUACAAAGAGACACCAGCUGUAUUUCCAGAUAAUAUCAAAGAAAAAGAAACCCCAACGCCGGUGGAGGACAUGCAGCUGGAGAGCUCCAUUCCUCACACGGACUCGGGCAUCGGCGAGGAACAGAUGCCCAGUAUUUUGAACGGCACCGACUUGGAGGCGAGCACGGGCCCGGACGCCAUGAGCGAGCUGCUCUCCACGCUGUCUUCGGAGGUGAAGAAAUCUCAGGAAAGCUUAACCGAAAGCCCCAGCGAAAUCUUGAAGCCGGCAUCAUCGAUAUCCAGUAUCAGCCAAAGCAAAGGCAUCAAUGUCAAGGAAAUACUGAAAAGUCUGGUGGCAGCCCCUGUGGAAAUUGCGGAAUGUGGUCCGGAUCCCAUCCCGUACCCCGAUCCUGCGCUCAAGAGGGAAGCUCAGGCAAUUCUUCCCGUGCAGUUUCACUCGUUUGACAGGAGCGUGGUGGUGCCGGUGAAGAAGCCCCCGCCGGGUAGCCUUGCUGUGACCACAGUGGGAGCCGCCGGCGCCGGGAGCGGGCUGCCCCCGGCCAGUACGCCGAAUAUAUUUGCUGCCACAGGAGCUACACCAAAAAGUAUGAUUAAUACAACAGGUGCAGUAGACUCAGGAUCUUCUUCUUCCUCUUCGUCAUCCAGCUUUGUGAAUGGUGCUACCAGCAAAAAUCUCCCAGCUGUCCAAACUGUUGCUCCAAUGCCAGAGGAUUCAGCUGAAAACAUGAGUAUCACUGCAAAGCUUGAAAGAGCCUUGGAAAAGGUGGCCCCUCUCCUGCGAGAAAUUUUUGUUGAUUUUGCCCCUUUCUUAUCCCGUACAUUGUUGGGCAGUCAUGGACAAGAGCUGUUGAUUGAAGGUCUGGUUUGUAUGAAGUCGAGUACUUCAGUGGUUGAACUUGUUAUGCUCCUUUGUUCACAGGAAUGGCAAAAUUCUAUUCAGAAGAAUGCAGGACUUGCAUUUAUUGAGCUCAUCAAUGAAGGAAGAUUAUUAUGCCAUGCAAUGAAAGACCAUAUAGUGCGUGUUGCAAAUGAAGCAGAAUUUAUUUUGAACCGGCAAAGAGCUGAGGAUGUCCACAAGCACGCUGAGUUUGAGUCACAGUGUGCUCAAUAUGCUGCUGAUAGAAGAGAGGAGGAAAAGAUGUGUGAUCAUCUUAUCAGUGCUGCUAAACAUCGAGAUCAUGUUACAGCCAAUCAGUUAAAACAGAAGAUACUCAACAUCCUGACAAAUAAGCAUGGCGCCUGGGGAGCUGUCUCCCACAGCCAACUGCAUGACUUCUGGCGCUUGGAUUACUGGGAAGAUGAUUUGCGCCGGCGGAGGCGGUUCGUUCGCAACGCUUUUGGGUCCACUCAUGCUGAUGCCCUCCUAAAAGCUGCUGUGGAAUAUGGCACUGAAGAAGAUGUGGUGAAGUCAAAGAAAACCUUCCGAAGUCAAGCCGUAGUAAAUCAGAAUGCAGAAACAGAGCUCAUGCUGGAGGGGGAUGAUGAUGCCGUUAGUCUGCUCCAAGAGAAGGAGAUUGACAACCUUGCAGUUUUAGCUCCUUUUCUUCCCAGGCUGUUCACUUCAAGAG